AUGACUGUCACCUACACAGCCAGAGUUGCAAACGCCCGUUUCUGUGGCUUCUCCAAGCUGCUUUUGGCCUGGAAAGGCAGCAUCUACAAGGUGUUAUAUAAAGAGUUCCUGGCUUUCUUUGCCAUGUAUACCGCCAUCAGCAUCACUUACAGAUUUCUCCUGUAUGAUGAUCAGAAGAGGUAUUUUGAAAAGCUGGCAAUUUAUUGCAACCACUACGCCAGUCUUAUCCCUAUGUCCUUUGUACUGGGUUUUUAUGUGACCCUGGUGGUGAACCGCUGGUGGAGCCAGUACACCAGCAUCCCUCUCCCUGACAGGCUCAUGUGCGUCCUGUCGGGGGGCCUCCAGGGGAGCGACGAGAGAGGCCGCCUGCUAAGACGAACCAUGAUGCGUUACGCCAGUCUGUCGGCCCUGCUCAUCCUCCGCUCUGUCAGCACGGCCGUAUUCAAACGUUUCCCCACCAUGGACCACGUGGUGGAGGCUGGAUUCAUGUCAAGAGAUGAACGGAAGAAGUUUGAGGGUCUACACUCUCCUUAUAACAAAUACUGGAUCCCCUGCGUUUGGUUCACCAACCUGGCUGCUGUGGCCCGCUGCGAGGGCAGGAUCAAAGACGAUCACACACUCAAACUACUGCUGGAGGAGCUGAAUGGGUUCAGAGGGAAGUGCAGCAUGCUGUUUCACUACGACAUGAUCAGUGUUCCCCUAGUCUACACUCAGGUGGUGACUUUGGCAGUGUACAGUUUUUUCCUGGUGUGUCUGAUUGGCCGCCAGUUCCUGGACCCCAGUCAAGGCUAUCCCGGUCACGACCUGGACCUCUACGUGCCCAUCUUCACCCUGCUACAGUUCUUCUUUUAUGCUGGGUGGCUCAAGGUUGCAGAGCAGCUGAUCAACCCUUUUGGAGAAGAUGAUGAUGACUUUGAGACCAACUGGCUGAUAGACAGAAAUUUCCAGGUGUCUAUGAUGGCGGUGGACGAGAUGUAUGGAGAUCUGCCGAUGAUGGAGAGAGAUCGUUACUGGAAUGACUCCAACCCCAGACCCCCCUAUACCGCCGCAACUCUCUUUGUCCUCCGCAAACCCUCUUUCCAGGGGUCCACUUUUGACAUGGCGAUUCCUAAAGAGGAGAUGCACUUCCAGCCUCUGGAGGACAUUGCUGAGAACCUGGAGGAGUCAGGCGGUCGUCACCCCAACAUGGACCUCUUUAACCGCCUACUCAGCGCGGCCCCUUCCCCCACUGGCUUUAUGGGAGGGGCUCUUCGCCGCACCUCAGCACAACUCCAGAGGCUACGCCACUCCCCCAGCAUUGACCAAUGCACCAGCGAUGAUGAUGACGAUAGCGGUAAAAUAGGUAAAGGUGGGUCUCUGCCGUCAGGGCUGGAAACCCAGAGCACUGUGUGCAGUUUCUGGGAGGAGAAGAGCGCCAGAACGCCUCUGCUGGAGGUUCAGUUUGUAGCGGCGCAGGAGAGGCGAGAAGGGCAUCCUGCUGUCAAUAAGGAGGUGCGUAGAGUGGAGGGGAAGAGUGAUGAAGAGUGGCAGAUCAGGGAGGAAAGCGGGAAAGCAGAGAGCACAAGGGAGGAGACCCAAACUCCUGUGUCACUGCUUCCUUCUUCCCCUCAGUCAUCAAGAGAGUUGUCCACUCAAUCAGCCUCCGCCAUUCCCUUCACCUCGCGUCACCCCUCUGCCUUUGUGUUUCACCCAGCUGCCCACUCCAGUCUGGAGCACUGCAGCUCCCAGCCGGCUAUCAACCAGAACAGAGCUCCGUCCGUCAUUCCAAAACCUCCCUUUGGUGGAAACAAAAUGUCCUUCCUCACUGUGCCGUCUUACAACGAACCUUCGCGUUUCCGCAGUGUGAGCAUGGGAUCAGAGCUCCCUGGGUCUUAGGUGGACAAUGGGUUGUGUGAAUGGGUUCCUAUAAACUUUUGGCUGUUUAAAACCAAAAUGCUCGAUUCAGUGCACGUUUUCACAAGUGAAACUAGUCAUAGAUACGAAAAUUAAAAGAGUGUUAAAGAUGUAACCCCAUAUUUUUUUUUUUUUUUAUAGAAAGCAAUAGCUCCCCAUUUUCCAAAAUAUACUCCCACCUCACUGAUAAUGAUGUCCGAAAGUCAUCUGUGAACUGUGCUAAAUUUCUGUGACAUGGGAGGAAAGUUUUGGUUGAUAUUUGAAGACACUAAAGACCAAGUCACUGUGACGUUGCGCUAACACGACAAUCACUUCCGGGUCGACACUUGGCGGUUGAUUUGAAUUGCGGAGAUUCGUGAAAUCGGCAAACUUGUUCAUUUCUGUUGUCAUUUUCAGCCGUAACUGUAACGUUUAAAGAUAGGCUAUGUAGUUAAACACGGAGGUCCGGCCUCUUAGACGUUUCUUCUGUGCUUAUUUUCUAAGCUAGCGUCUUUGAUAAACCAAAGCAAACGCUAUGAACAGCGACAACUCACCCACCAGUCGGACUAACUGCUAGUUUUGGGUGGUCAUUUAAAUUGUAUGUACAGGAUACAGGGGUUUCCUACCCGGACGUUAUUGUAAACAAACUGUGAUUGGGUCUGUUGGAAACUUUAAAGAAAUAUUCUGUAUAUUUAAUACAGACACAUACACGUUUGUGCUAAGCUAGGCUAAACAAGUUUCCUAACAUUAAGCCUAGCUUAGCACCAAGACUAGGCAGGGGGAGAUUGGCCUCCAUCAAAAAAAGCAGGAAGCAACAUCAAAAGUUUCUUUACAUGUUGAAUCUUAGUAGCUAGCAAACUACUCACCAGUGUAUUAAAGGUACACUGUGUAGGAAUUUCUCCCAUAUAGCGGUGACAUUGUAUUUUGCAUUCAAACGAAUAGUGCUCUUAGCGCCUCGCUUUUUCAAAUGCGUGUUGCAACUAUGGUAGCCGUUAUGUACCAAGAAGCUAUGACUACAUGUCUUCCAAUUUUCGCUUUUUUGGCGACAAGGAUUCCUUCUCUUGUGGCUCGGCAUAAGUACGAUCCUCCAUUAUGAACUAAAGUGCAGUGCAGGCUUUCAGAUUUGCCGGGGCGGUGACAAGCGCCUCUCACUAAUCCUUCUCCAUUUCAGCUGGUUUCACUCACGUGACGCUGGCGUUGUGGAUUAGCUAGACAGCUAGGCUAGUGUUCUAUGUCCCUCUCAGACAUUAUAUAGUUUUUCAAAAUGGCGGAACGACACGGAAGCCUCCUUGGACUUGCCCGUCCAAUGUAAAUACAGAUAAGACAUUAUUUGCUUACGAGGAUGGGUCAGAUCAUUGGCAGAGGUCAUUUUACACCAAUGAGGACAUAUUUAUGAAUGAAGACGUUGAUUUUAGCUAAUAAAAUACUUAAAACACUACACAGUGUAUCUUUAAAGAGUCACCUGGGUUUAGGUCAGAGUUGUGAAAGUCUAUAAAGCCGACAACUUCACCAUGAGACAGGACUUUGGAUAAUUAUAGGCCUACUAGCUUGCAUAGUAAUUCAGCUAGCUUCUUUGUAUUUAAGCUCAAAUUAAAUAAAAAUAUACUACACAAUGAGAAAGCUAUCAAAUUGUUGCAAGGGACCUUUGGUAGAGCUAAGCUAGAUGUUUACCCGUCCUUUCAGUCUUGGUGCUAAGCUAGGCUAAACAUGUCAAAGCUACAUGUAUACAAAGGAGAUGAAACAGAGACCAAUUGUUUAUUAAAAUCAAAGAGUGUGUUUAAAGGAAAAAUUAUCUGCACAUUAUUUUGUAGAAUAUUGAUAUAUUGCCUAUGUUUACUGAAGUCUAGUAGAGAGGAUUAACAAAAGUUUGGACUGAACAAAUGGUGCUAAAAUGAACAGACACAAUAGGUGACAAUUUUCUUUGUUUACUUUAUUUUCUUUGAUUAAUAAA